AAAACCAUGUAGUCUUGCUGUGUAGGUGGUGCCUAGUGCAGUGCCAGAGGCGUCCAUCAAAACGGUAGCGCCACGUAAGUCGUUCGAAAGUAACAGUUACUUCAAUCAAAGCCCUGGUGGGGUUGGCUUUUUCUCUUCAAAGUUCAGGCAGUUUGCUUCCCCGACUGAUCCUUUCAACCAAUCAAAGUCAAUGCCUAUUAAUUUUUAUCAAGUUUUUGUAGUAGCUUUUUUUUUGUAGUUCUCACUCAAAGUAACUCCUUCUCACAAUGUCGUUGGAGUUACCCUCGCCGAGAGUAGCACUAUUAGCUACGGCAGGCGCUGUAGGGGUCGGUGCGUUGGCCUACUGGCUGUUGAGACGCAGACAAACGCCGGGUCAGAGGAGCAAUGGUCCACGGGCUGGUGAAGUGUUGGGUCAGGUCAAGAGCAUUGUCCUCUAUCCCGUGAAGUCAAUUCGUGGCAUCGAAGUGAGCUCUGCAUACUGUCUUAAGAGAGGUUUCAAGUACGACAGGCGAUUUGUCAUUGUUGAUACCGCAUCUGAAAACCCACCUGAGGGCACUCCAGGGAAAUUCCUUAAUCUCAUCUCCACUCCUAAGUUGGCCAAAAUACAACCCCGCAUCAUUGAAGUAGGUGACCGCUUCACUCUUGUUCUUCAAACUGAGGGCUGCGAUCCUGUCGAGGUGCCUGAACCAGACACCGAGGGUUGUGAGCGCGUGUCUCUUCAUGUUUACCGGACUGAGGGCGAGGCUUUGGAUUGCGGCGAUACGGUGGCACGGUGGCUAUCGGCAAUCCUGGGACUGCCGGGAAUUCGGCUGUACUACAUGUCCGAGGAUGUCAGGUGUCGGAUGAUCGCGGAGGAUCCGAAAUGGGGGGAUCGCGGCCGCCCUGGCCAGGAGACAUCGUUUGCCAACUUUGCUCCGUACAUGCUCUGCACUGAGCAGUCUCGAGUGGAUAUCAGUUCCAGAGUUGGACAGGAGUUGGAAAUGGCACGCUUCCGUCCCAACAUCAUUGUCAGCAGUGCUCUGCCAACACCGUACCAGGAAGACAACUGGACUGAUAUUCAGAUAUCAAACGUGAGCUUCUACAUGAUGAAGAAGUGCGGGCGCUGUCCUAUGACCACUAUACACCCGCAGACUGGAGAGAAGACGGGGCCAGAGCCGCUAAAGACUCUUCGUGAGUUCCGCCUGGAGACUAGCGAUGCACGUUACGCCAACUCGCCGAUUUUCGGCAUUCAGAUCGGUGCUGAACAGGAGGGGGCGAUACGUGUCGGCGAUGACGUUGUUAUGCAGUAAGACCCAUGCUGCACUACAGUGGUCAUGAGUGUGUAUUCAGUAUACGAAUCUUUCUGCAACGGUAUCGGCUAGCGGUGCAGGUUUUUUCAAUGCUGUGCACUUCUCCAAAGACCCUGCCCUGAUGAUACUGAUUUUGACUGAGACUUGUACAACGGAACUGAUCUGACCAUUGGAGGGAGACUUACAAUGCAAUUAGUAAUUUGGCAGUAUCAUUGUCUAAGAAUCAUUUCAACAGCAUAAAAUACAUAUCCCGUGGCAUACCGGCAAGUCAUCGCUGACCAAUUCAAUUUUUAAUUUACAUGUACAUGUACGUGAUUGUACAUUUACUCCAAAUAUUUCCCCAAUUUUAUUUUAGGACAUUCUAUCAGUGGCCGGCCGGGUAUGGAUAGGAAGUGUGAUACAAAGAUAUGCCUGAAGUGUAGACAUGCAAUGGAUGGCAUUACAAAUACCUUA